GCCGCUGCGAUCAGUCCACCGCCCCACUCCGACUUGAAAGCACGCGCCACUCGCGAGCAGACAACGCGCACGAUCGCGAACAACACAACUCAACACUCGCCGCCUGAUUAAACUAAUUAACAAGUGUUGCACCAAUAUUUUAUAAGUGCAAAAACGGUGAAAUUAUAUUUUUUAAUUGUAAACUGUGAUAUCGAGUCGGGCGGGCGGAGGCUCGGGUGGGGCGCGUUCCGCUGACACAGUGGCUCAGUCAGCCGGCGGUCGCCGAGUGGCAAGCACCAUCGAUUUUCUCCAUACGACUUACGAGUGAGACCAAAGAUGCAUAUUGAAGUACAAGUCGCCCUUAACUUCGUCAUAUCGUACCUUUACAACAAGCUGCCGAGGCGGCGGGUGAACAUCUUCGGGGAGGAACUUGAGAAAGCACUUAAAGACAAAUUCAGGGGUCACUGGUACCCCGACAGGCCGUGCAGGGGGUCAGCGUUCCGAUGCCUAAAGACCGGCGGACCUCUCGACCCUGUGCUGGAGCGAGCGGCGAGGGAGUCAGGCGUGCCAGUCCGGGAUGUCCUGGAACAUCUCCCGAGAGACCUCGCAGUCUGGGUGGAUCCAGGUGAAGUUUCGUACCGCAUCGGCGAGAAAGGAGCUGUGAAGGUUCUUUUCAGCAGCGACGAGAGGGCUGCCGAUGAGAGGACCGACAGAGAGGUAACACGUGCUUUCAAUCCCGAGGCGCAGUGCUUCAGGCCCGUGGAGCCGGCCGCGGCGCCGUCUCCGCCCGCGCCCGCAGCCUUCUCGCCAGCGCCCCCGUUCCGCGCGCAGCCGCUCACCUUCACGACGGCCACGUUCGCGCAGACCAAAUUCGGCAGCACCAAGCUGAAGACGAGCAGCAAGCGUGCGAACCGCAUGUCCCCCACCGAGUUCAGCAACUACAUCAAGCAGCGCGCGAUGCAGCAGCAGCUGGCGGCGCGGUCGCUGUCGCCGGCCGCGGAGCCCUCGUACUUCGUGGCGCGGCGCGAGACGGCGCCGGGCAGCGCGCCCCCGUACCCGCCGGCGCCGGCGCACCUGCUGCUCGCCAACUGAGCCGCGCACUCGCGCUAGCCGCCUCGCGCGACCCGCUCAUAGAGUCUUUACUUUUUUACGAGAGAGACGCGCGCCGCGAUUUAUUUUUUUAUUUUCCGCGGGGGCGUCCCGCGCCGCCCGCCGCUUGUGAUAUCCGUACGAUUUUCCAUAACUUUUUGUAUUCUCGUUCGUUACGUCGAUGUGUAAAUUUAUCGAUAGGAGCAAUAAUGUGCCGCGCGACUGGCCGGCGAUUUAUUUUCGUAAUAUUUAAUGCCGUGUCGAGUUUUUGACGUCUUCGUUCGAUAUCAAUAUAUUAGUAGGGUGUAAGGGAGCGAGAGGCCGCACGGCCGCGUGCGCUUACUACGACGUACCUUCUAGAGCGAGCCUGUAUACAUACGUCCUCCGAUCUAAGAAAUACUGAUAUUUAAAUAUGUAUACAUAAUAUAUAUUCGUACGCGAUAAUCGUCAAAUUUUUCACGUGGAAACGAAUGGCCAAUAGAGAAAUUACGUAUUUUUAAUAUUGAAAUUGAUAAUUCAUACUUACUAUUAUAGUGUACAGUGUACUGGUUGUGGCACCGGUACCUAAUCGUAUUCGUAUCGUACUCGUAUGUUGUAAUAACUAAUAAAUGUUUGCAUAUCCGGUCGGACGCGGUCGGACGGCGCGGCGGGCCGCCCGAAGGCGUCGGAGAUCUCACAUAGUGUAAUCAUCACUCGUACCAUUGUACCCUUAUAAUAAUAAUUAUAAUAUACAUAAUAAUAUAUAAUAGGUUAGCUACGUUUCAAUCUAACAGUAUUUUUUUAAGAAGAUAUUAGUCCUUGUGUACAUUACCGGCCGCCCGCACGACGGCGGCCGCCCUUAGCGUGUAUGGUAUACUUAUAUUGUUAUAAAAGACAUGAAUAUGAAUAAAUGAUAGAAAAAAAUAUUUCUCAAUUCAUAAAAUAACGGGUGCAUGCAAAUUCAUGGAAAAAUACUAUGUGUUAUUUAUCUUUUUUAUAUUUCACUUGGCGAUCGCGUCAGUUUUUCAGUGGUAGGUAGUGUAGCGCAAAGGUAGAGGCGGUAUGCGAUAGUGGCACCGGCGCAGCUUGUCCUUGUGGGCGCACGCGCGGCGCACGCAUGCGCACGCACAACAUUGACAAGUUGUACCUAAUGGAAAUGUACAACUAUUUUUUUACUAUUUUUAUAUUUUGAUUUAGAAUUAAGUCUAGUUGUAUGAUUUCAAUACCCUUACGCGUACUUCGUGUCGAUACCCUAUUGUUAAAUUAUUACGUAAAGUGUGUUAACUUUGAUAGUCGAUUGGAAAACUGACCGAAAUGCUGCAGUAUUUUGUAGAUAAAAUCUAUAAUGUAAGUUUAAUAAUAAUACAACUUAGCGUAAUGAGAUUUUUUAUUAUAAAGAUACUUUUUAUUUUUCCUUUCUUUUGUAAGAUAUAUUCGAUGGAAGUGUUAAAGAUAAUAUAAUAUUUGCAUAAUAUAGUAAAAUCGGCUCUCCAUGCCGGCUAAUAUAAUUAGUCAAUAAUAAUUUUUCAUAUUGUUGUACGACUUUUUAAGUUUAUAUUAAAAUGUUUUGUGCAAUCUA